AAGAAGGCGUGGUUUGGUGGAAACAGGUGGGAAACUGAAGAGGCUGUUGGACAGCUGUUGGAGCUGAUUCAUUAACGCUGUGAGCAGAGAGGAAAGAGUGGUUUUGGACACACUUUGAGAGCUUGUGGGUGCCAAUAAUUUUUCACUAUCCCUGGGUCAUGGGCUCCAUGUUCCGCAGUGAGGAGGUGUGCCUGGUGCAGCUUUUUCUGCAGUCCGGUGCAGCCUACAACUGUGUCAGUGAGCUGGGAGAGCUGGGUAUUGUCGAGUUUAGAGAUCUAAAUCCGAAUGUGAACGCAUUUCAGAGGAAGUUUGUCAGUGAGGUGAGGAGAUGCGAGGAGCUUGAGAAAGCCUUUGCGUUUUUGGAGCAGGAAAUCACACGCUCCCACUCUCCACCACUCAGCACACCCCUGAAAGGCCCCUUGCUCAUUCCCCCUGCCCCUCAGCCCAGAGAACUGCUAAUUAUCGAGGAGGAGAGUGAACGCUUAACCCGGGAACUCAGAGAGGUUUCCAGAAACAGAGACAGCAUCCGAGCUCAGCUGAAUCAGCUGUGUCAGUACAGAGGAGUGCUAACUCAGAUGCAUUUCCUCACAUCCUCUCAGGCAGCACCGCCUCCCUCAUUCGAACAAGUGGGUUUAGCAGAGAACAGGCAGGAUGUGAGGCUCAGCUUUGUAGCUGGUGUUGUGCACCCAUGGAAGGUACCGGCUUUCGAGAGGCUGCUCUGGCGCGCAUGUCGUGGUUAUAUAAUCGUGGAUUUUCGAGAAAUGGAGGAGAAGCUGGAGCAUCCCGAAAGCGGUGAAAUGGUACAGUGGACCAUCUUCCUUAUCUCCUAUUGGGGGGAUCAGAUUGGACAGAAGGUGAAGAAGAUCUGUGACUGCUUCCACACACAGACGUUCCCGUAUUCGGAGAGCCAGUCCGAGAGAGAGCAGGUUUUAAAUGAAGUCAAGACCAGAAUCGAAGACAUCAAUAAAGUAAUGAAAAAUACAGAAGACUACCUGCAGCAGUUGCUAAGGCGUGCCGUGACAAAUUUGCCAGAGUGGCGUGUGCGGGUGCAAAAGUGCAAAGCCAUUCAGAUGGUGCUGAAUCUAUGCAGCCCCUCGGUCACUGAGAAGUGCCUGAUCGCUGAGGCCUGGUGCCCUGUUAACCAGCUUCCUGCUCUACAAAGUGCCCUGCGUGAGGGAGGGAGGAAAAGCGGUAGCAGUGUCGAUUCAUUCUACAAUCGUUUGCCUCCUAGCGCCUCUCCUCCUACCCUCUUCCCAACUAACGCUUUCACAGCAGGCUUCCAGAAUAUCGUAGAUGCUUAUGGAGUAGCCAGCUAUAGAGAGGUCAACCCAGCACUCUACACCAUCAUUACAUUUCCAUUCCUGUUCGCGGUGAUGUUUGGAGACGUAGGGCACGGCCUUCUCAUGACACUUGCUGCUAUCUGGAUGGUGAUCGAAGAGAAGGACCCCAAAAUGAAAAACCAAUCAAAUGAGAUUUGGAGUAUGAUGUUUGGAGGACGCUAUCUCAUCCUGUUGAUGGGACUUUUCUCCAUCUACACUGGUGCCAUCUAUAACGAGUGCUUCAGCAGAGGCCUUACUGUCUUUCCCUCGUCCUGGCACGUUCGUCCCCAUGCAAACUACUACAACUGGACAGAGGACACUUUCAAGUCUAACCAAUAUCUCACACUGGAUCCCAAUGUUACUGGAGUAUUUACCGGACCCUAUCCUUUUGGCAUUGAUCCGAUCUGGGGAAUGGCUAGUAACCACCUGACGUUCCUUAACUCCUAUAAGAUGAAGAUGUCUGUAAUUAUCGGAAUCAUCCACAUGACGUUUGGAGUCUGUCUGUCUUUUUUCAACUUUUUACACUUUAGGGAGAUAAGCAGCGUGUUCCUGGUGCUGAUUCCCGAGUUGUUUUUUAUGCUUUGUUUGUUUGGUUACUUGAUCUUCAUGGUGAUUUUUAAGUGGGUUGCUUAUGAUUCUAUGCACUCGGACAAGGCGCCCAGUAUCCUCAUCCACUUCAUAGACAUGUUCCUGUUCACAGAGAAUAAGGACAAUCAAGAGCUUUACAGUGGCCAGAUGACUGUGCAGAAGGUUCUGGUGGUUCUGGCAGUGUGUUCAGUUCCUGUACUGCUCCUGGGAAAGCCCAUUCAUGAGUACCUCACCUUCAAGAAAAAGAAACGCCAGGCUGCUGGUGACCGGCGUCCUCUCUUAGCAGAAAACGGCUCAGUAAAUGCUCAACAGGAUGAGGUCGACAUAAAAGUCGGGGAAGAGGAGGAGGAGGAGGAGUUUGAUGCGGCCAAUGUUUUCAUGCAUCAGGCAAUCCACACCAUAGAGUACUGUCUGGGCUGCAUCUCCAACACUGCCUCUUACUUGCGUCUGUGGGCUCUCAGUCUGGCUCAUGCCCAGCUGUCGGAAGUGCUUUGGGUGAUGGUGAUGCACAACUCUUUUCCAUAUACUAGCUAUGUGGGAGGUGUGAUCAUGGUACCCGUAUUUGCUUUUUUCGCCGUCCUGACCAUUUCUAUUCUUCUCAUCAUGGAAGGUCUCUCUGCGUUUCUGCAUGCUCUGCGACUUCAUUGGGUCGAAUUUCAGAACAAGUUCUACAGUGGCACAGGCUACAAGCUCAGUCCAUUUUCAUUCACCUCUUUAAUCAGCUUCUCUUCAACCAACUAAUGGUUUAUUAGCAAAGAAUUAUGUGCCUGUUUUUAACCAAAACAUUUCAAAACUUUGUUUAAUCAAACUAUGUCCUUCUGGGGUUUGUGGUGAAGAUCAGUCUUCAUGCUAGUGGAAUAUUCCCUUUUUAUCUUUAUCUAAGAACAGUUUUACAGUUUCUUGUAACAGCUAAAGGAUUCGGUUCAUGGUAACAGCAUGUCAUAACUCUCAGACAAAAUCAUAUUGGUAUGGGGCCUGAUAUUAUAUGUGAUACAUUCCAGAGAGUAUAUUAAGAUAUGAGCACCAAAAAUGUAACUCAGGGAGAUUUUAUCCAUAAGUUUUUGUCUGUGUGUCUCAGUAAAGUAAAACAUAAGACUUAUUCUUUUUACUCCAAUAAUCUGUGAAUGGAAAUAUUCAGAUGAAUCAAAGGGAAUUGUUUGUUCCAGGGAUUUGCUUCUUGUUGUGUUUUUAUGUCUUCCUGUCCUGCAUGUAAAGUCUUUUAAUCACUUGCUUUGCCAAUGAGAUAUGAUUUAAAACUGAAAUAUAGAACACUGCAAAACAAGUUAACACAAAGUCAAUAAAACUUGUCUAAUAUU